AUGAACCCCCAAUCCCAACCCCCACCCCAAGAACAACCCCAACUCCAAAAACCAGCAACACCAACCUACAUCCUCCGCGGCCACGCCACCCCAAUCCACAGUCUAAACCUCUACCACCAAAACCGCCGCCUCCUCUCCGGCGACGCAGCCGGGUAUCUGAUUGUCUGGGACGUAGGCACCAAGCGCCCCGCCGCGGCAUGGAAAGCGCACGACGGCGCGAUCCUCGAAGCUACUGCUUUCUUUUUUCCCGGUGGUACUGGUGAUGGGGUUGAUGCUGGGGGGAGGACAGUGGUUUAUUCGCAUGGAAGGGACCACAAGCUUUGCGUCUGGGUGUUUUCGGUGCUUGAUGAGAGGGAUGGAGGGCUGGGAAGGGUUCUUCCUGUUGAUCUUUUGGCUGACCAGGGGAUCAGUAUAGGGAGGCAGCCGUGGCUUUUGCAUUCGUUGUCGGUUAAUGCGUUGAACUUUUGUGCGUUCUCUAUGGCUUUUCUUUCUUCUGCUUCUGGGUCUGGGUCUGUGUUAAGGGUGGAGGGGGAGGGGAGCGGUGCUAGUCCCACUGCUGCUGCCACUGCUGCGGCCACUGCAGAUGGAACUGCGGAGGCUCAUGCUCCAGCUGCACCUCCAUCCCCCCCCGUCCUCCUCGCCGUCCCCAACGCCCUCAACUCCGGCGCCAUCGACCUCUUCCACCUCCCAAGCGAGACCCGCGUCUCCACCAUCCCCGCAGACCCCGACGUGCAGACCGGCAUGGUCAUGGCUCUCCGGUUACUAGUGCGCGCCGACGCUAUCUACGUUCUCUCUGCCUUCGAAGACGGCCGCGUGAUGGUCUUCCGGUGUAUGAAGCCCUGUCUACCGGGGCAGGGUAGCGGGGCGAAGUCGCAGUGGCACUGGGAGAAGCUGUACGCCUGUCGUGCGCACUCGCAGCCCGUGCUGGCGCUGGAUCUUGCCCCGUCGGCUGGCUGUUUCUUUUCGUCUGCGGCGGAUGCGAGUAUUGUUAAGCAUCCUUUGGGAUCUUUAGGGUCAGGCCUGGUGACCCAGCCUCUUAAAACCGUUAAUACUAAACAUGCGGGUCAGCAAGGGUUGAGGGUCAGGGCUGAUGGGAAGAUUCUGGCCACGGCUGGUUGGGAUUCCCGCGUGCGGGUUUAUUCGUGUAAGACGCUUAAGGAGCUUGCGGUGUUGCGGUGGCAUAAGGAGGGGUGUUAUGCUGUUGCUUUUGCGGAGGUUCAGGGUCAGGUUCCAUUGGACGGGGGUCGUGCUGGGGGAAGUAGGCAAGGGGAUGCACCAGGGGAAGAUGAGAUUAGGGAAGAAGAUCGCUCCCUCGCCGCUGUUCAGCGUCUACGAGACCUCAAGGUACAACAGACUCAUUGGGUGGCUGCUGGGUCCAAGGAUGGGAAAAUUUCUUUGUGGGAUAUCUAUUGA